AUGAUGACUAUUGAUAAUACAGUUAUGUUGAUCAUAUUGUUCAUAUUUCUUAUUGAAAUCUCACCAAUACAAACAAUUGCUUGUUACACAUGUAUUGAUUGUGGUGAUCCAUUUGAUGUUCAAGCAUCGAAUGCCAGUCAAAGUCUACCAGUUUGUGCAUAUUGUUAUAAAUUGACUGUAUAUAUGGCAUAUGCACCAACACGUUAUAUAGUUAAAGAAUGUGUUCAAUCAUGUAAUGAAUCAGGUUAUUUAUUUGGUGGUUCAUCACUUGAAGUUAAUUGUUGUACAUCAUCAUUUUGCAACAAUGCAUUAGGAAUGUAUACAGUGAAAAAUAUUUUUUUUAUUAUGUCUGUCUUAUUUUUAUUAUUUUUCAUUGGCAACAUCAAAUAAUUUUUUUUUUGUAUGUAUGUAUGAAAAAAAAGAAACAAACAAGAGUUUUACUAGACUUCUCGAGGUUCAUAUGAAUGAUAUCUUUUGUAACUAUUGAUUAAAAGAUUUUAUGAAAUAAUUCAAAAGUUAAGACAAACGUUUUGAAAAUAAAAUUGAACAUUUAUUAGUUAUUCUAAUUUUUAGAUGAAAUGAGUAAAUGGUGACAUCCAUAUUUACAUUCCUCAUUUUAACAGAAUUAAAAAAGAAAGCAAUAAAGAUCUGCUAAAUAUUCAAUUUCAUAUAUUUUCAAAAAAAAAAACAGAAUAAUCAAGUUUUUAUUAUCUACAGAUGCCUAUUCAUCCAUGUAAAUAAGAUGUAGAUAUGGCAUUUCUAAUGAUGAAAUGGAAAUAAAAAUUGAUGUAUUUCAAAUUCAUUUUUUAAAAGCAACAGUUUAAUGAAAUAAAUGCAAUAAAUUGGAUUUCUAAUUAAAAUCAUGGAAUUAGAGUUUAAGUAUGACGGUCAAUGUGGAUCUUCAACUUACUCACAGCUAUAUCCAUAUCUCAUAUCUAUUCUUUUGCUUUCUCUCUCUUUCCUAUACAUUUUAAUAAUUGAUUAGUUGACUAGGCUUUUUCUUGUUUCUCCUUUUUUUAUUAAAUGUUCUGUAAUAAUGAGGAUGUGAGUGUGAGUGUGCGUGUCUUCUUUCUUCCAGCACAUGCACACCACACACCCACAUGUAAGAUGUUGUUGAAAACAUCGUUACCAUUAUUAAUUCAUUUUGCUCUUUAAACCACUACAUUUCGUGUAAAAACAGUUGAUCUCCACAACAUGCUCGCCUCGUUUCAAAACUCAUAUUCAAUAUCGAAAAAGGACUUCAAUAUAAUGGUAACUAGAUAUGCACAUCCAGAUUUGAAUAACUUCGUUAGAGACAAGUUCAAAUACCAUGCUCGAUAUGAAUUCGAUUGGCCCGUUGUUUAAUAUUAGCUAGUACUCAGCCACAUUGGUUAUCAUGAUAUGAUAAUAGUAAAUGAAAAGAUAAGUUUAAAUGUUGGUGACAUGAAUAGUAUUAAAACAUGUCAUUACUACGUUGACAAUGUAGAGUGCCGUAUAGUCGAUAAGAUGAAUAGUUCUGUCUUCCAUUAUCUAAAAACAUAUGUUACUUGUUCUAAUAUCAGACAAGUCACCAUCACACGCUCACAAAAAAUCACUCAGGAAUUAACUGCACUCCUAGCAUCUCUCACAAAUAUGAGUUUACUUGAUAUAAUCUUAGCUAUGCCUCUCUCUAAAAUAGAUGCUUUCAUAAGAAAAAAUAAUCGUGUGAAACAUCUUGACAUAUCUCUUUCUAAGCAUGCAUUCCACAACGAAAAUAUUAUUAUUAUUGCUAAGUGUUUUUCUUACGUGGCACAUCUCAAGACCAAUAGAUCAAGCUUACACGAUGUUUCAUUAUUGAAGAAAUAUUUAGUUCAUCUUCACAGUCUUACUCUGUAAAUUGCGAAAAAUUGUCCAAGAUAUAAUGACAUUUAUCGGAGAAAAAUGUUUCAAUACGAUGUAGAACGCCAAACUAAAUCUUUGUUUCAAGUUCUUACUGGCAAACAUUUGUGGUGAAACCAUUGCAAUCAACGGCUUCAUCAUUCCUAAGUGUAACUUUGGAUAGUUUAGUACCCAAUGGAGAUUUAACAAAAUCAGAAAACGAAAAAAUUCAAGUUCUCUUUUUGUUUUUUAAUUGUUUCAAAUAGCAGAAUGCGAAAAACAAUGUUUUUUUCAUGAGAUGCUUGAACCUGAAUGGUAGUACGUAAUCUUGAUUCUUACUAAAUGUUUCAACGAUUGUCGUCGAUUUUGCCUUUCAUAAGUACCUUAAUCAUAGUUAUAUUUAAUAUCAUUUAAAUUAUGAUUUCCAACUAAUAUUUAAACUGAAUCAAAAUCAGCACAUGUACAAUUGAUUCUGUAUUUGCUCUUCCUUUGUUUAAUUUAGAGAAGUGAUUGCUGUUUUUUACGCACAAAAUAUUCUUCUUGAAACUGAACAUAUUCUCAUCACAUUAUGAGGAUAUUCGUAUAAUGUUAUUUUAUUCACGAUUAUUAUUGAUAUUGUGAAGCAGUUUCUCUUGUAGAGAACUUCCAAAAUGAGUAAUAACGAAAAAGUUGAUAAAUCAAUGACACUACCUGGAAGAUUUCAUAAGACUCGUCCAUUGAAAAAAAAGAUUCCACCUUGCAUUGUCAGUUCCUUGUUUUUAUCAAUAUUCGCCAAAUGUAAACGUAAUUAGAGUCUUGUAAUGAAAACUCUGCCUUUAUUAUCAAUGAGUUCAUUGAAUGGGUAUGGGUGGGUAUAGAUAUGGCUGUGUUUUUUCUCUCUACCCAUCCUCAAAUCCACCUUCACCCUCAAGAUAGACUAAAGUGAAACCAAAGCGAAAUAUUUCGAAACAGUUGUUUGAAAGCUAAGUUUUGUUUUGGAAUGCAGCAUGUCGAUACGAAGACAUGUUUAAAAUGUCCAGCAGUCGAUAAUUGUAGAAACUUUUGAUAGAGUAGAUUUCAUGUUACACUUGAAAUGCUUUAUGUUUCUAUGAAUUCACAUUGAGUAUAUUCAAAAUUAUAGUUGCUAGACAUUAUACUUUUACGGUUCCAAAUAAAGUAGCAUUGAGUAAGAUUCAAAAUCUAAAAAGUCCAAAACCUAGUCUUAUGCAAAACUUCAUAGAUUUUCUUGUUGACGUGGAGUUCUUAGACGAGCAACAGAACAGUUAAUUUCAAGUAUAUCUUUUGACAGAAGGGAUCAUAUCAUGUUUCAUACUCAUCCAUGUAAAAAUUUAGUUCAUCUCUACUAUAUUUAAUGAUAUUGCUAAGAAGACGUAUUUUAAGCAAUCGUGUAUGCUUCACUUUUCCAUUACACUACGUAUAAACCGUGCCACUACAACAUCUGCUUGUCACUCUGUCAGUCGACCGCUUUUGCCUAUUGUGAAGCUUUAUCUACAGCGGCAAUUAGGUUCCAAACCAUGCCAACAGUGUACAACAGCAAUCAAAGCUUUUCAAAGAAACAAAUUCAUUUUACUCAAACACAUUCAUUCUUCAAUAGCAUGGAAUCAUUUGAUGACUACACAUUGUAUAUGUAUGUCAGAUUUUCAAUGUAUCAGUUUUCGUGAGAUGCUUUCUUAUCAAUACAAACGAGUCACUUCAGAUUACAUUUGCAUAGAACGAUAGAAAAAAGUGACAAUGGUUGAUUCUGAUCCAAGUAUGACGAGGUGGAUGAGAAAGCAGACUUUUUUUUAUGUGAAUGACAGUGUGAUGUAGAUGUAGGUAUGCGUGUCGUGUUUACAACCUGCAAUUAUAGCCACAUCAGCAUCAAUACCCACAGCCACACCUAAAAUAGUCCUGUAGAUCUUUCAUAUUCAUUAUGAUGCUAGCGCAACGCAUUUCUUAGAGUGUACUUUUACAUUUUCGAAACAGAAGUUUUUUUUAUUGACUAACACUUUUUUCAUAAUGGAUAAUGCCAUAUUUGUCUCUCAGUUCACGCAUCAAAGUCCGAUUGAAUGGGCAAUGAGAUUUUCGUUUACCAUCACUUUCAAUUACUUCUCUCCAUGGUCCACGUUCGUGGAUGAGUUCUUCAACCCAAAAAUGAUAACAAUCAAAAUUAGUACCAGGUGCUCUUCCUGUAAUGAGUUCACACAAUGCUUUAUCU